GGGACGUCCCCUUUAAAGUACAACUUGGCGGUGUUGUCACAUCCGAGGGCUGCAGAGAAUAUUAGCGUUAUAGCGAUGGUCUUGUGAGCCUAGAAAGGGUACAUUUGGAAGCUAUAUCCUUAGCUACAAGACUUCAGACACAUCUUUCUAUCAUUUAUUUUUCCUGGUGUAUUUUGGCAAUGCACCGCUUUAUUUCUCUGUACGGCGCUCUGAUCUUCGCAUACCUAGCGUGCAGACCAUCUUGGGGAUAUUUUCCAGAGGAACGAUGGAGCCCCGAAUCUCCAAUUCUGGCACCGCGGGUUCUUAUCGCCCUCAUAUGCCGGAACGCAGAGCAUUCUCUGCCUUACUUCCUAGGGGGUAUCGAACGUCUUAACUACCCGAAGGACCGUCUAGCUGUAUGGGUUGCAACGGAUCACAACGAAGACAACACCACGUCCAUCCUCCGAGACUGGCUCACCACGGUCCAGAACCUCUACCACUAUGUGGAAUGGAGGCCGAAGGAGCAGCCCAGUGAGUAUCCGGACGGGGACAGUCCGAAGCAGUGGACCAACCUACGCUACGCCCACGUGAUGAAGCUGCGCCAAGCAGCGCUGGACUCGGCCAGGGAGAUGUGGGCCGACUACUUCUUGGCCGUGGAUUGUGACAACCUCCUCAUCAAUCCGGAAGUCCUGUGGAAGCUCAUCGAAGAGGACAAGACCAUCGUUGCGCCAAUGCUGGAAUCGCGCGCUGCCUAUUCCAACUUCUGGUGUGGUAUGACAUCCCAGGGUUAUUAUAAACGCACGCCGGCCUACAUUCCCAUAAGGAAGCAGCAGCGGAGGGGUUGCUUCGCCGUGCCCAUGGUCCACUCCACCUUCCUGAUCGACCUGAGGAAGGAGGCGUCCAGGCAGCUGGCCUUCCACCCGCCGCACCCGGACUACAGCUGGGCCUUCGACGACAUCAUCGUGUUCGCCUUCUCCGCCCGCAUGGCAGAUGUACAAAUGUUUGUAUGUAACCAAGAGACCUUCGGUUACUUCCCGGUUCCGUUACGGGCUCACAAUUCACUGAAGGACGAGGCGGAUAGUUUCUUGCAUUCCUUGCUGGAGGUUAAUGUGCGACACCCCCCAGUGAUGCCCUCGAAAUACAUUCCUCCCCCCACUAAACAGCCAGACAAACUGGGCUUUGACGAGGUGUUCAUGAUAAACUUGAAGAAGAGGACAGACCGCCGAGAACGCAUGCUGAGGACGCUGUACGAGCAGGAAAUCGCAUCAAAGGUUAUCGAAGCCGUGGAUGGAAAAGCCAUGAACAUCAGUGAGAUCAAUGCGAUGGGCAUCCACAUGCUUCCUGGGUACAGUGACCCCUACCACGGCCGUCCACUGACCAAGGGAGAGCUGGGCUGCUUCCUCUCCCACUACAAGAUCUGGCAAGAGAUCGUGGAUCGAGGUCUGCAGACGUCCCUGGUGAUCGAGGACGACCUCCGCUUCGAGAUCUUCUUCAAACGGCGCCUGAAGAACUUGAUGAUCGAGGUGGACAGGGAAGGACUGCGCUGGGACCUCAUCUACAUCGGACGGAAGCGUAUGCAGGUGGACCGCCCGGAGAAGUCGGUGCCUAAUAUUCAUAACCUGGUGGAGGCGGACUACUCCUAUUGGACGCUGGGCUACAUGAUGUCGCUGGAGGGGGCCAUGAAGCUGCUAAAAGCCGAGCCGCUGAAGAGGAUGCUGCCCGUGGACGAGUUCCUGCCCAUCAUGUUCAACAAACACCCUGUCUCGGAGUACAUGGAGGAGUUUGAGAACCGCGACCUGAGGGCGUUCUCCGCCGAGCCCCUGCUGGUCUUCCCGUCCCACUACACGGGCGACCCGGGCUACAUCAGCGACACGGAGACCUCCACCGUGUGGGACAACGAGAAGGUGCGCACCGACUGGGACCGCGCCCGCUCCGGCAAGACCAAGGAGCAGGCGGCCAUCAGCACAGAGGCCCAGAACUCGGACGUCCUGCAGUCCCCUCUGGACAGCACCGCCAGGGAGGAGCUAUGAGGAGGAGGAGCUAUGAGGAGGAGGAGCUAUGAGGAGGAGGAGCUAUGAGGAGGAGGAGCUCUCGAGCAGGGGGCUUCUGUUUGUUAGUUUUAUGGUACUCCGUUUUUAUUGUUUUUAUUUUUUAAUCCUGUUAUCUUCCUUUGUUUUUUACGCCCCCAGCUCAUGGAUUGCGGCAUUCGUGUUCCUUGUAUGGGCGGGGAGGGGGGGGGGGGGGGGUGCCUUAAUUUAAUUUCAAUACGCGACUAGAAGUAAGAGCAAAAAAAGAAAGAGGUUAGUGGCUGGCUGUAUUUCUUCUUUUAUUUGGUCAACUUUGAGGCGUAACUUCAUAAUGGCACUAGACUUGCCGUUUGUAAUGGCAUUUGCAGUACCCGUCAUGUCUGUCAUACAGAGUAGAGCCUGAACAUUAGCCGACGUUAUACUUAAUGAACCUUACCAGAUGAAUAAAUCUGCACGCCUCAUGCAUAUUUUCUUUAAAUCCAGGCGUUGAAUUUAUGAAUUUCGUCAUUCAUUUCAUUCAGCAGAAUCAAAAUGGAAGAGUGCAGUAGAGAAGUGUUUUGUUUAUAUAAAUGUGUUAAUCUAGAUGUAUUGCAAGGGCUUUGUCCAAAGAGAUUGAGUGUGAAAAUGUUGCAUGUUUCAGUUCAUUUGUUUUUUUUACUAUCCUGUAAACCUUUUUUUUUUUAAUUUGGUUUUAUUUCCAGAACACAAUUUCCAACAUGAGAUUGCAUUUAAGAACCGCUUUUAAGAACCGCUUUCGAACAAGACAUCGUUUUACAGCGCAAUUUGAUCCGACAAUUAACGACUCACUCAUUAACAGCAUUAUAGUGGCAUGCAUGACUCCGUAGUGCUGUCCCCACUUGUUUGCUGUUUGGGUGUUCCGACGGACGCCAGGCUGCAGCCCGUGGCCACGGUGGUUCCAGCCCAGACCGAUCUCGUGUGUCCACACCGCACCGUGGUCUGGGAGGAGUAGGAUCCAAAGCAGUGUUUAAAGUUCCCACAAAAGAGGCCUUCUCGGCCACGUGUUAGCCAUUCUGGCCUUUCACCCGAGUCGCAUUCUCUCUGCGCGUCGGUUGAAAGUGAGUUUGAGAAGGGAAACAUCACGAUAUUCAGGUCGCAAAAGCAUUGUCAAAAGUGAAGUGAUUGUUGUUUUUUUAACGUUAUGCCCAUUCUCAAGUUAUGGAUCAUGUUAUUUACUUAGACGGAAAUACACAAUCGUUCUAUGUUGGAGGUGGCUACUGAUGCAUGAACUGAGUGGGAGUGUUUGACAAUGGGAAUCCUAUGCAAUAGAAGACUGCGAUUGUGCCUUUUUAAAAGAAUAAAAUAUUUUGUUUUAAGAA